AUGGAGACAUUUCCUAAGCUGGCUCAAACUCUAAGUGUUUUCGGGUUUGGGUCUGCUCUCCCAGAUCCGACCCGUUUACAACGCCUAAGGAACUUCAACUCCUCAUCCAAACCCCCUGAUCUCAACCCCCGCUUCCAAACCCUAACCCUAAAUCCAUCACAAUUCCUCACUCUCUCCCAUCUCAAAUCCCUCCUCCUUCCCCGAUCCCAAAUCAUAACCCUAGACUCGUACUUCACCUCCAAUGGAAGGCCUCUACCCGAUUCAACCCCAAUCUCACCGCCCUCCUUCCUUCCCUCACCCCUCCGCCUCCGCCUCCGCGGCGGCGGCGGCGAUGGCGGUGCCACCGGAGCCGAGUCCCGCGACUGCUACCUCAAUAUGUACGCGGUGAAAAAGCCUGACAAGGUCGAUCCUAACGAGACUCGUCUCUCUCGCUGGACCACCUGCGCUCUUUCGUCGGAGCCACUCGCUCCCCCAGUUGUCAUCGAUCGCCUUGGCUCGCUGUUCAACAAGGAGCCCCUUGUCGAGGCCUUGAUUCACAAGAAGCUCCCCAAGGCCUUCAGCCACAUCCGCGGGCUCAAAGAUAUGAUUCCUGUUCAUCUCUCUCCUGUCCCUGGGCGGAGUGAUUCAGAGGCGAAGUUCCAGUGCCCGAUCACCGGGCUUGAAUUCAAUGGAAAAUAUGGGUUUCUUGCGAUCCGGGGUUGUGGGCAUGUUUUAAGUGUUAAGGCAUUCAAAGAGGUCAAGACUUCAGCUUGUUUGGUUUGCCAUAAGGAGUUUGCGGACUCAGAGAAGAUUGUGAUCAAUGGGACUGCUGAGGAGGUGGCGGCUUUGAGGGAGAGGAUGGAGGAGGAGAGGGGAAAAGUGGGGAAGGUGAAAGAGAGGAAGGAGAAGAAGGCAUUGGGGGCUUUUGUUGAUGGUGCGAAGAGAGGAUGUGGGGAUGAGAUUGAAGACGGGAGGAAGGAUCGAGAUCACAAGAAGUUCAAGGCCGGGAUUGCUGUGCCAGCUAAUGCUACCAAGGAAGUUUAUGAAUCUAUUUUUAUUUCAUCAAAGAAGAAGUCGAAUUUCAAGGAGACAUAUUCUUGCAGAUCGCUUCCCCUUGGAAGGAACUGAGGAAUUAUCUGGAGGAAACAAGUGGGGGAUUGAUCAUCCAUUGAUACACAUCAGUUCAUAUAAGUUGGUGGUGAGCUGGUACUUGCAAGUAAGUUUGUUAACAUUCUUGUUCCUCCAUCACUUGCUGUCUGUAGUUCUGAUGAGUAUCCUGUUUACUUCUCAUCAAGAUUUCUGUAUCUGACUGGGAAGAAAACAAAAUGGGAUCAAAUGUGUUGAUUAUAUGCAUGUGUUAGGUCAAUUCAUGUGCCUGUUGCAAUUAAUGGAACUUCUGAUUGUACACUCAAACGAUCAUUUAGUACCUAUUAAUACUCACUAUAAUGGUUUGAAGUCUAAAUCUUUGUGUAUGUACAGCCAGGCUUCUGGCAAUAACUUUCUUCCCAGCCAAUCUUUUGUGGUGUUGUCUGA